UAGGAGCAUUCUGGAUUUCUGGUCUUCCACACACACCUAGAAUACAAAUCAUCAUACAGCAUCUCUCACGCUGUUCUGCAAUCUCUCUUCUUAUUAAGUAUUUACAUACACAAUCACUAUGCGUUAUCAGAUUUAUGCCAGCUGCGAAGCUCUUGCUUAUUCCAUUUUUUGCGUGAUUUUCGGUUUUUAGGCGGUGAUUGUAUAAUGUUUCGCGAUUCCGAUUUUUAUGAAGUUCUUCGUCUGUUGAUCGUCGUCAAUUACUUUUCUAUGCCAUAGUUUCCUUAAUUUUGAAAUAAUUUGGUUAUUUCGCUCUGAUUAGGUAUUUUAAGGAAUUUUUCCAGUUUCAUUGACGCCAAUUACAGGAUGUAAUAUGUAUUUUCGUUUCAAAGUAACAUGCUCACUGUUUCCAUUUCAUUUGUGUUGGACUAGACUUUUAGUGAAAUUCAAAGGAUUCUCCGCUUGGUUUUUUCUUGUGUUAUGGGAUUUUGCAUAAUGAAUGCGGCAUUUACAAAGAAUGAGUUUAUCUCCUUUCUAUUGUUGUUGUAUGCUUGUUGUGUAUAUCCUUCAAAAUCUAUAUAUUUGUACACCUUAUUGAAGAUAGUUCAUCAUGUUCCUCUCCAGAUUCGAGAAACUGUUAACACACAAAAAACUCUCUGUAUUGUGACUGGAGGAUUUUCAAAGAGACAAGCAGCUAUGAUUGCCUCGUUUUUAAUUACUCAUUUCUGAACUUAGAAAUGAUAUAUGGCCUAGUUUUUCUGCAACUGUUAUCCUAACUGAAUAGUGUGCAAGUACAAGGCUUUCAAAUGCAAAUACUACUCUUCAACAGUAUGUGAGCUAUGCUAUGGCAGUUUGGGAUAAAUGUAGUUAGUGCCAAAAAUUGACUAAAGAAUUUGUUACUGCUAUAAUUCUUUAGUUAAAAUGCAUAUACAACAUUGGAAUAUUUAGCUAGGACAGUUUGGGCCUCCUCUGUUGCUGACACAGGCCAUGUAUUUGACAGAAGAAAACAGGUUGAACCGACACCUUUUUAUGUGUUUGUUGAUUACACAGUUAGACUUAUUCUGUUAAACAGGAAAAUAUUUUGUUUACAUGGCGACUAGAAUGGCUGCUAGAUACAUCUCACGCAGGUUAUCAAGUGGCGGCAAAGUCCUCAGUGAGGAGGAGAAGGCUGCUGAAAAUGUGUACAUUAAGAAAAUGGAACAAGAGAAGCUGGAGAAGCUUGCUCGGAAGGGCCCCGCAUCAGGUGGAACUCCAGCAGCAGGAAGCUCAGGAUCUGUAGCUGAUGCUAAACCAAGUGGUGGUGGCGCCUCUGAAACUCCUAAUGUUUCAACUGACAAGCACAGAAACUAUGGUGUUAUUGCUGGUAUUGUUACCAUGGUUGCUGCAGUUGGAUGGUAUAUGGGUUCGAAGAAGAAACCUGAAGAAGUGCAUGACUAAGAAGAUAUCUCAAGAGUGAGAGCAGUAUGUUGAGUGUUGACGCAAUAAUAUCAAACAAACUCCAUCUCAUUUUGUUUCAUAAGGGAACUCCAAAAUAGAGAAUUUGGCUCGGCUGCUUGCUUGCAACACGUUAUUUUUAGCUUAAACGAAAUGGCUUUAUUUUGCUCGUA